ACGAUGUAUGGAGAUACAUUUCCACGUCAGCUUACGUUUCCAAAUUUUUACUCCGCGGAUCAGCUUCAAAGAGGCAGCAGCAUCUAAGGACCAUGUUUAGCUCCGCGAAUGCAAGCUAUUCCUGCGCUAGGGGACCCCAAGAAAGCGAUGAUGGAUUUUGAUGAGCGGGUUUCUUGUGGCUCUAAUCUCUACUUGCCUAGCUGCACCUAUUAUGUCUCGGGCCCGGAUUUUUCCAGCCUUCCUUCUUUUUUACCCCAAACGCCGGCUUCUCGCCCCAUGACGUACUCGUAUUCUUCUAAUAUCCCUCAAGUCCAACCUGUGAGAGAAGUUACCUUCAGAGACUAUGCCCUCGAUCCUUCAAAUAAGUGGCACCACAGAGGCAAUCUGUCCCAUUGCUAUUCCGCAGAGGAGCUCAUGCACAGGGAAUGUCUGCCUGCUGCCACCAUGGGCGAGAUGUUAAUGAAAAAUAGCGCCAGUGUUUACCACCCCAGCUCUAACGCGUCGUCCAGCUUCUACAACCCCGUGGGCAGGAACGGUGUUCUGCCACAAGGGUUCGAUCAAUUUUUCGAGACUGCCUACGGUUCCGGUGAAAAUCAGCAGUCGGAGUAUUGCGGGGAGAAGAGCCCGGAGAAAGUGCCGUCUGCAGCAACUUCAAGUUCGGAGACUUCCAGGGUGUCCGUGGAGAAGGAGACGAGUCCCGGGAGAAGCAGCCCGGAGUCUUCUUCCGGCAACAAUGAGGAAAAAGCCAGCAAUUCCAGUGGCCAACGUGCACGGAAAAAGAGAUGUCCAUAUACCAAAUACCAGAUCAGGGAAUUGGAAAGAGAAUUUUUCUUCAGUGUCUACAUCAACAAAGAAAAGCGGCUUCAGCUUUCCCGGAUGCUCAACCUCACCGACCGCCAAGUCAAAAUUUGGUUUCAGAACAGGAGGAUGAAGGAAAAGAAACUAAACAGGGACCGCCUUCAGUAUUACACCACAAAUCCACUGCUCUAAAAUUAUCCUGAGGUUAAAAGAGGCACUUCUUCUCAACUUUCCCCUCUGUGAAGAAUCUCCGGCAGAAACCAGAGGUAAAAGACCCCUCAAGUUCGAGUUUGGGAGCAGACACUUUAAUUCGGCUUUGACGGGAUGAACUACCUUGAGGACGCUCGGACGCCUAAGCAGAUUUUCUCAAACUUUAAACUGUAACUGGAACCAAUCUCCUUAGUUUAUUUCACAUUCGCAGACAGGCACACCACAGACACACCAUUACGUUUCCAGUCGUGCUGUUCGUGUGCAUUGUACAAAAGAUUAACGUCGGGAGACCAAGGUGAAUGCCUGGAGUUAGUUCAGCGAACCCGAGGUCAAAAAAGAGAAAGUUUCGAACAAAAAAUGAGAUUAUAAAUGGCUCCGGAUUUCAGCAUCGGAGCCACACAAGAGAGACUCGACUGUUGUGGAUCAGCUGCAAUAAUUUUUUAAAAAUAAAAUGUGUGCAUGCUUUAGAUUAGGACGCUUUCAGUGGAUCUCAAUGCCAAUUCCAACUUAUUGGACAUAUACAUUAUUUCUUAUUUUCAGUUGCAACGAUUAGCAAGCAGCUGCAUUGUUCUUUUGCAGCUGAAUUUUCUGUAUAGCGCGAUAAGUGUCCAAAGCAACUGAUGCCUGUUCAUCGCAUCUUAGAAUAUGGAUAUGUGCCUGUUUAUAUAUAGAUACUUAAAGAUAGAUUACAAGGUACAAUGCAUUCCUAUAGCAAUUCUAAAUGUUUUCCAAUAAUUUACAUCCAAUAGACCCCACACCACCACAGAUAAAAAGCAUGUAUGUGAAUAUCCAACCAAAAAAAAUUGAGAUAAAGACACGGCGUCUAAAGAAAAUAAGUUUUGUGUUAAAUUCACAUAGGACGCAAAGAAAAAUAAGUGUAAUUUAAUUAUUUGAAGACGUUCUGAGUGACGGGGUUCAAUAUUGAUCAUACUGUCCUUUAAAAUAGAACUGAUACAUAAUCAUUUUUGAAAAUGGGAUAUUUAAGCUGCUUCAGUAAGUCCGCGGGUGUUUAAUUCCAAUUUGACACACUGUGCGCCAACAUUUUCAAAUAUAAUUUACUUUUAACUUUUCGAAUAGAAUAGAUAGUACCAGUGUUAGCACACUUGAGCACAACAUGAUGUAAAUAUAUCGCUCAUUUUGGUAUAAUAUGAAUGUGUAUGGACUGUUUUCAAUAAGAAUAGGGUUUCGAAAAUGCUGCUCAUGCAUCCAUUGUUUUCAUAGAUGACUCUAAGGUGACAAAUCUGCCGUAUUAAUAAUUCUUAAAAAGCCACCCUUAUCCGUGUGAACCAAAGACAGAAAUUAAUUUCCUUAUUUGCACAAUGGCAACAUUUCCUGUACAUUCACCAUAUAAGCUUUUAUAGGCCGAUAUAUCCAUAGGCCGUAUUGUACAAAUAUUGUCUACACGUUACCUGUUCACUUAUACCAGCCUUAAAAGUGUUGUGUUUACUAUUCUUAUUUAAUUUAAAUGUUUCAUUGUGAUAUGUACCAUGGCCAUCUCUAGAAAAUAAUUACAUGCCUUUAUGUGCUAAUCGAAUUGACAGAUGACAGUGCUGCAGCGUAGAAUAGUAUCCAUGUCAUGUUCUUCGAUACGUCCAAUUCAAUCUGCGGUACACUGAAUUCAGUAUGAGUUGAAAUAUGCACCAUAGAAAGUGGUGCUUUUUUACAUUCAGCGACUGGUGUUAAAAUAGGAAAGAGAUUCUUUUAAAAAAAAAUCAAGUCUUAAUCAAACGCUGUUUAAUUAAAUGUGAUAUCAAAAUUUCCCUAACAUUUGUAUAUAAUUUAUAUUUAUCAGUCUGAAAAAGUGUAAGAAUUGCAUGUACACGUUCAGAUGGCGCACAAUGAAAUCCAAGGUAGAAGAGGUAACUAAAGGUGCUUUUUAUUGAGGCUUUUUUUGAACUUUGUCGGGUCCUCAACGCAAACUAAAACCACCUGCAAGUAUUGUAUUACUGUGCGUUUCAUGUACGUAAUAAACAAUCAUUAAAGC